AUGGCAGCAGCUGACAUCUCGGGUCAGAAUCGCAAGAAGAGGGAUGUGGGAAACGAUUCUCGAGGCGAGGCGGUGGUUGCUGCCGCCCCCAGCGCCAAAAAAGCGAAGCGCUCUGGGCCAGAGUCUUCUCGAAAGCAGAAGAGAAGAACCAUCCCAAAGAUUCAACUAGAUGAGUCACGCGAAAGGGCCGAAAUGGCUUCAGCUGAACGAGACUGUCUGCGAUUUGAGAAUCAGCUUUUGAAUGAGAGCCAGUCAGCCAAGGGUGAGGCAUUGUUGGGCCUCUCACAUUCAUUCACGAAAAUGCAUUCCUGCAUCGAGACAGUGCGGGAUCGCCUCAGCAAGCUGUACCCGCCGUACUUUCAACAUUUCACCGGUGAAUGGAAUCCGGGAUCACCAAGAGCUGGAACGGAGCUGUGUUCAUCGUAUCUCAGCUACAUCAACAAGCACACAGAGAAGUACCGGGAAGAACUUGCAGCUGCGAAGAGGCGUUCCUCAAUCUUCAACCUCCACUCAGAAGAAGCGAAGUGGGAGCACGACUUGAGAUGGGUUCCGAAGGUAUGUUCUGCAUAUGAGUUCCAUCGGGAGUGCGCAGACAGGCAAUCUGCAGAAGUGGACAAGCAGAUCUCUUCGCUGGCCCCAAAUGAUUUAUUGAUUUGGGUCGAUUGGAAAGCCAAUUGGACACUACCCCUCAGACAUGUCCCAACAGGAGAUGCUUACUGGGCACAGAGCCGGAGAGAAGUCAUUUGCCUCGGCAUUGUGUGCUACAAAGGUCAAGUUGCUGGCCCUGCGCUCAAAACUGGCAUUGUGUUCCUCUCCGACAUCAUUGACCAUACUUGCUUAGCUGCUUGUGCGCAGCUUCUUGAGGUGAAGAAAAGGCUUGGGUCACUGGCGGGUUGCAAGACUAUCUCGUUCUGGUUCGAUUGUGGACCUCAUUACCGGUGCGUUGACCUGUUGAGUUAUCUGGGCACGGAGUGGGCCAAGCCUGAGAACCGGGACGAUUUGCAUGUGACUUGCAAUACUUUGGGGAAAAAAAAUGGCAAGGGUCAAUGCGACUCGUUGUUCAUUUGUUCUACAUGGGUUCGCAAAGCUCUCAUGGUGCCGGAUGCAUCACUGGAAUCUUCAGACGGCCUCCUUCGACAAACUGGUGCAGAACAAGAUAUGGUCAAUGACCCGCCCAGCCAAGGUGGCAUGCGCUAUCUGAUCUUGAAAUGGGAUCAGGAUCGCAGGCUGACUCGAGAAAUUGCUCCUUCAGACGCUAUGUGGCGCCGCGGCUACUACAUGUCGACGCGAUGGAAAAGAAGUUUCCCAGAAGACGGUGGCAGAGAUACGCUGAUCGAGCAAGAGUCUCAUCUGUCAUCAUACGAACCUGCGAUGGCAGCAGCGCAGAAAAUGUCCAACCUCGAGCGGAAGAUCGCCCGCUAUGAGGCAAAUUUGGCCCGUCAAGGCGAAGCGGUACCGCCAAAGGAAAGUGGUCCGCAGCUCUGUUCCAACUCAGAGGCCAUCGCCCACCUCGCCACCGACAGAGGCCAGCAAGGUGCCGGUUCCCGUGCGAUCAGGCGCGAGCUGUGGGGAGGGCAAGGUGCCUACAGCCACGGUCACAAGAACGACAAGAACGGGGCCCACGGUGACGUCAGGACCUACGUUGGAGGUGCCACCUUUGGAACCUAUUCCAUAUGGAUCAUCAGUCGCUGCGGGCUCCUCGGGCUUGAUGAGCUCUGCGAUACCUUCGCCCUCAGAGUGCCAACAGAGAUGCCCACCAGUCCGCUGGCACCAGAAGAUCCUACUGAGGCUGUUACUCUCGACACUCGCACCUUGGGAACCAAUGUGCCGACGAUUUCAGGAGGUGAACGCACUCAGGAAGCGACCGAAGUUCCCUUGCCACGGAGGUCGUCAGGCCCAGUGUCCUCCUCCGCUCUGGCCUCCUCAGCCUUGGCGAUGACGCCUUCGGAGAUGCCGGUUCCCACUGAGCUGCCCACGAGUCCUAUCGAAGAGCCACUAGGGGAUGCUGUGGGCGAGCCAAUGCACUUGCCAGGUUAUGAUCCAACGGUGGAGGUGACCACCGACGAGCCUCCUCUGUUGGUGCCAGGUCUCCAAUCCUCCGCCUUUCUGGGUCCCGACUCCUCUGCGCCCCCGGAAUCGCCUUCGGAGAUGCCGGUGCCAACAGAGAUGCCAACCAGUCCCGUGUCGGACUUGGGAGACGACACAGCCGGGAGUCCUGAGUUGCCAUCGUUGCGACGGUGA